AUGAGUCACUCCUCAGUCCGCACUUCCACUUCCUACCGCCGCACUUUUGGAAGUCCAAACACCAUCUCCAUGUCCUCCUACUCCCCCGUGUCCUCUCAUGUGAGCGUCUCGGGAGGGCGGUACAUGCGCUCCAUGUCCCCCUUGGUGUCCUCACGCUCCGUCAGCUACCAGCGCGCACGGCCCACCGCCCAGCCCCCUCGCCUCACCUAUGACAAGGUGGACUUCUCUCUGGCCGAGGCCAUCAACCAGGAGUUCCUGUCCACCCGCAGCAAUGAAAAGGCUGAGCUGCAGGAGCUCAACGACCGCUUUGCCAGCUUCAUCGAGAAGGUGCGCUACCUGGAGCAGCAGAACGCCGUGCAGCAGCAGGAGCUCAACCAGUACAAGGGUCAGCAGCAGCACGGCCAGCCCAACCGUGCCUCCGACCUCUUCCAGGAGGAGCUGAGGGAGCUGCGGCGUCAGAUGGAUGCCGUGGUCAAAGAACGGGAUCAGUACCAGAUGGAGAGGGACAACUUGGCUGAAGACUUGGCUUUGCUCAAGCAGAGGUUUGAGGAAGAAGCCCAGAAGAGGGCGGAAGCUGAAAGCAACUUGGUCCACUUCCGUAAGGAUGUGGAUGAUGCCACACUGGCCCGCUUGGAACUGGAGAGGAAGAUAGAGUCUCUGAUGGACGAGAUAGAAUUCCUUAAGAAGCUUCACGACGAGGAGAUCCAGGAUGUCCAGGUGAGUGUCCAGAGUGUCCAGUCCCUGAGGAUGGAAGUGGACAGCAGCUCCAGGCCGGACCUCACUGCUGCUCUGAGGGACAUCAGAGCCCAGUAUGAGAGCAUCGCGUCCAAGAACAUGCAGGAAUCUGAAGAAUGGUACAAGUCCAAGUUUGCGGACUUGACUGACUCUGCAAAGCGUAACAACGAAGCCCUCCGGCAGGCCAAGCAGGAAGCGAAUGAGUCCAGGAGACAGAUUCAGUCCCUGAAUUGUGAAAUUGAUGCACUGAAGAACACGAAUGAAGCUCUGCUGAGGCAGAUGCGGGAGAUGGAGGACCAGUUUGGCAACGAGAUUGGAAACUACCAAGACAACGUGGGCCGACUGGAAGAUGAGAUCCGUCACCUGAAGGACGAGAUGGCACGCCACCUUCGGGAGUAUCAGGACCUCCUCAACGUUAAGAUGGCUCUGGACAUCGAGAUCGCCACUUACAGGAAGCUGCUGGAGGGGGAGGAGAGCAGGUGA